AUGGAGUUCCCAUUUGCGCAUCACGCUCACGCCCAUUUGCGCCGUGCAGUCGAUAAGAAACGUACCAGAUCAGAUCAUGGAGUUCCCAUUUGCGCAUCACGCUCACACCCAGCACCACCUACGGAGGGAUGGUGAUGAAGCUGGCGAUGAACAAAUAAAGCAGAAUUACCCACCUCCCGGAACAACCGUUUCGCCUGCCUUUGGCUACCCACCACCACCACGACCUCCACCACAAUCUUAUUUCGGAGAAGAUGAACCACCGCCUCACCUCACUCACACCUACCACAGCUCCCACGGGCCACCACCCCCACCCCCUUCCCAAGGCUUUAGUGGUUACUCUGCUUUUCCUUCAGAAUCGCACCCUCCACCUCCACUUCCUGCUUAUUCCACCACUUACGUGGACCAUGUCGGUCACAACUAUCGUCCACACUUCCCCUCCUUCCUUCCCCAUCAAACCCAUCAGCCUCCUACCUCUGACCUCUCCAAUAAACGCGCUUUCAAGGUCUUCUCCAAGGCCGACCCCAAUUACUCUCUCGCCAUCCGAGAUGGCCAUGUCAUUCUUGCUCCAUCUAAUCCAUCCGAUGAUUUCCAGCACUGGUACAAAGAUGAGAAGUACAGCACAAGAGUGAAGGAUGAAGAUGGGUUUCCCUGCUUUGCUUUGGUUAACAAAGCCACUGGUCAGGCCAUCAAGCACUCCACUGGAGCCACUCAUCCUGUGCAGCUGAUACCUUAUAAUGCUGAUGUUCUUGACGAGUCCAUCCUAUGGACUGAGAGCAAGGACUUGGGCAAUGGUUUCCGAGCUAUAAGAAUGGUUAAUAACGUUCAUCUUAAUGUGGAUGCUUUUCAUGGUGAUAAGAAAUCUGGAGGUGUGCACAAUGGCACUACUAUAGUGUUGUGGCAAUGGAACAAAGGGGAUAACCAGCAUUGGAAGAUCAUGCCCUAUUGAUUUAUGUCCAGUGAUGUUGCCAAUUUAAUGCUGUAUUGUAUUUGACAAAAAUGAGAUGAGAUUCUACUUGUUGUGCUUGUAAGUGUGCUUGUGUUGCAAUGAUCAUUAUAUGUGAAAAUCUGUCUGUAAUAAGUUUCAAUUACAACUGCGGUUACUUUGUAUUCGUAAGCUAUAUUUGAUAUCAUGAUAUCCUAUCAGGCUGUACUUCUGAGCCGAGGGUUUGUAAAUUUCCAUUUCCAUUUCCAAUGUCUGAUUUGAUGAAGUAAGAAAACAGAAAUUGAUUGUAAA